AUUCCCAAAACCUAACUAUUUCUUUUUCUAUAGAUUAUAAACAAAACAUAUGACAGACAACAAUUGCUCUAAAGUUUCAAUGCCUGCUGCCCCUGAUUCCUCUAUUACAAAGCACAAGAAAAAGAGUAAAUGGGAUCAGCCAGCUGAGUGUUUGGUUUCAGCUGGAAUAGCAGUUCAUCCAUUGGGGGCUUAUCUUGGGUCCUCUGCACAUCAUGCUACCGCAUUGGCCCAAAAGAUUCAACCAAAGAUUCAGGAGGAGUUGAUAGCAAGAGAGAUUGUAAUAAAUGACGCGGAGUCGUCGAUUCGAUAUAAGCUUACAAAACGCCAAACGCAAGAGGAGAUUCAAAAAUGCACUGGUGCCAUUGUGAUAACUAGGGGUAAAUAUCGGCCUCCAAAUGCACCUUCUGACGGGGAAAAACCAUUAUAUCUUCACGUAUCAGCUGGCACACAUUUGGAAACAACGGCAGAAAGGAUAAAGGCAGUUGAUCAGGCAGCUGCUAUGGUAGAGGAAAUCUUGAAACACGGGGCUUUAACUAAUGGAUUAAAGUUGCCUCAACCCUUUAGCACAUGUGUGUUUUUGGGCUUUGAACCAGAUCCCACCUUGAACAUUACUGCUCGUAUUCGUGGACCAAAUGAUCAGUAUGUAAAUCACAUUAUGAAUGAAACAGGAUCAACAGUCUUACUAAGAGGACGUGGUUCAGGAAAUUCAGCAACUUUAAAUUCUGAGGAGAAGCAGGCGCUGCAUCUUUUUUUGUCGAGUAAUAAUCCUAAAAGCCUUGAACAUGCAAAGCUUCUAGCUGAGAAUCUUCUGGAUACAAUAUGUGCAGAGUGUGGUGCCUCUAGGAUAUCUUCAGUUAAGGUUUAUGGUGCUGUUCCACCACCACAACAGUUGGCUGGUGAAAGUACUACCAAAAUAACUACCAACUCAGCGCCAUCGACUUCAGACUUCAUUCAAUUACCGCCAGCUUCUUUGGUUACAUCUGCUGUUCUCUCAAAUGGGUGUUCUCUACCUAGUGUGGGUUAUCAUCCAUCAUUGAGCCAUGGUACGAGCUACAAUGGGUAUGGCGGGAUAUAUCCACAAGCCACCCCUCUGCAACAAGUAGCCUUGGCCCUUAGGCAAUCCACUUCUCCUAUCACAUCUACAGUUUCCGCAACCCAAAAGAUUGGAAGCACAACUACUAGCACCAUAAAUGAAAAGGAAAAACGACCCCCUCACAAGCGGAAGUUUCAGGAAUUGCCUGCUGCUGCAAAUGAGUCUGUGAGAACGCAUCAGGGAUCAGGAAUCUUCAAACCAAGUGAAGCAAAAUCAUCAAUGCCAGCUCCGGUGAAGCUGGUCCAACCAUCAUCUAAUGGAAUGAUGCCACCUCCAAAAACCAUGCCUCCACCACCUCCUCCUUCAAGAACCAUGCCGCCUCCGCCUCCAAGGAAAAUGGCUCCACCACCUUCUGUCACAAAGGUGGUUGAGGCAAAUACCUCCUUCCAACCAAAAACCAAAGCUGUACCUGAAACGUUGAUAAGUCUUAUGGCAUAUGGAGAUGAAGAUGAUGACGACAUUGAGGAGACCAUUCAAGAACCUGUAAUGGAAAGUUCAAAUUCGUUGCCAGUUUCUAAACCUUUUUGGGCUGUGUGAAACUGCAGCCGCUGGAUUUGUAUGUAACUGAUAAUGACAAAAUGUAUUCCUUGCACAUACACAAAAGUGUCAUGGAGCAUCAGGGCAAUGGCAAAGAACGGAGUGUCAAGAUGCAUCACUCAUUCUGUUCUCCAGUUGAUUACUAGGCUUCAAUACUAGGAGCUCAAGGUCUUCAGUAGUAUUUAGCAUAAGGUUCAUUACUAUAACUGAGUUGAACUAAAAAGUGGUUUAAUGACAAUUUAGUUCUUGAUGUCAUAGUGAAUUCAGCUUCGAAAGUUUUACUA